AUGAGUCACUCGAGCGCCCGGAAGGUGCAUCGGGCCGACAGUAGGAGGAGUGAGCUUCUGAAACAUGCAAAUUGUACAUUGGGUAGUGGAUCUCUCAGAGAAGCGGUUAAAUUGCCUCAAGGAGAGGAUCUAAAUGAAUGGAUUGCCACUAACAGUAUGUUAAUCUUGACUUGGAGAAAAGGUGUUUAGUUGUUGACUUUUUCAAUCAGAUCAGCCUUCUUUAUGGCAUGAUAUCGGAAGUUUGUUCGUCUGAAUCUUGCCCUCGAAUGACCGCUGGGGGUGGGGUGGAGUAUUACUGGUCGGAUAAUGGUCGGUCCUUGUCGUGUACGGCUCCACAAUAUAUUGAUUAUCUUCUCAGCUAUGUGCAGGAUGAAAUGGAUGAUGAGCAUACGUUUCCCUCACAAAUAGGCAAGGCUUUUGUAGAAAAUAUGAUUUUGAUUUAGGCAAGCCAUUUCCUCCCAACUUCUCUCAAAUUGCCCAAACUAUUAUGAGAAGACUGUUCCGUAUUUAUGCUCACGUUUAUCAUGAGCAUUUCGAUUACAUACAGAAGUUGAAAGCCGUAGAACAUGUGAACACUAGUUUCAAACAUUUUAUGUUGUUCGUGCAAGAGUUCCGCUUAAUCCUCCAAGAAGACCAGGAGCCUCUAAACGAACUCAUUCAAGAACUGGUACCUCAAAGAUCUUAA